AAAGAAGUCAUGUGAUCAGAUGCCCCCGAAUGUACAUCUGGAUAGACUGAAACCAACGCAAGAAAUUAUCACCGUUGAGUUUAAUGCUGGUGAUUUGCACCGAGUGAGAAUCAAUGUUGGAGACAUGUUUCUCAAUGUUUUUCGGUGAAACGGUAACAGUGGAUUCAGAUGUGGUUUCUGAUAUGGUGAAGGACAGCUUGCUGGUUCUAGGAUUACCUCAGAAGGGUCAGAGAAUAAGUCCUCAGCUUUGAUACCAUGAAAGCUAGAAAGAACAAUAUUUCUUAUUCUCAUAUUUAAACAAUGUACAUAGCACCUCUAUUUAUAGGAGAUACAAGGCAUAAAAUUAGGAAUUGAUUAGCUACUAAUUAGCUACUGAUUCUGAGGACUGAUUAGCUAUUAUUUAGCUACUAAUUUUGAUCCUAAUAAACUUUCCUAUUCUAUAGUAUUGACUAAAUCUAAAUGUUUACAGUUGUGAUAUCCAAAAGAAUUCAGCCAUAUCCUGGAAGAAUUAUUUUCUUUCCAUUUCCAAUAUUGAAUAUAGUUGAUAUUUGUUAGUUUUCCUUUUCUUAGCUUCUGUGGCGCAUAGGCAUUGUUCGUCAUGCUAUGCUUUUUAAGGGGUAAGUGUUUUAUUGCCAUAAAAGAGGAUUUACAAUGAAGUUCAUGACAUGCCAAAGGCAAUACCCCCUCUAAAAGAGAGCUUACGCCUAGCCUGUAGAACAAUUAAACCUCAGCAAUUGGCAUUUUAGGAUAGAAAUUUGUGUGCUUUGCAAAUCCUUAGAGCAUGGGGUCAAGAGAAAAUUGAGAAACUAAUUGGCAUGAGUAGUAUUUUAAUUUUGAGUUACUGCUUAUGUCUACAAAUUGGCUUUCAUACUUAACCAAAAAAAAAAAGAAAAAGAAGAAAAAACAAAAAUAGGAUUAAGUUAGUAGUUUAUUGGUGGUAGUUGCUACAUAAUUGAUGUCUGUUGGGCUAUAUAUAACAAAUCCACGUGUUUUUUGGGAGAUAAAUGUAGACCUUUUUUUUAUUCACUGGCAACUGAGCAGCGAGUAGUAACACAAGUGAUGAAGACUAAAGAAUUCCUCAACUGAACAGUGUGUCAACAAUCAGGUUUUUUUUGGUUUUUAUUUUUUUCAUUUAUCCUUUUCGAUGUUGUGAUGCAAAGCGUCAUUCUUUGGAAGCUGACAUGGGCGUGGAGAUAGAAGGUGAUGGGCGUGCCUGCAUAUCUUCAAUUCGAUCUAGGCAGAGUCGACAACCAGAAAAACUACAUUUGAGCCUUCACCAAUAUCAAUUGCUCAACAAGGCCCAUAAGACUCGGUAUGCUUCUAAAUCUUCUCAUAACAUCCACAAAACCUCUCUCAAAGAUAAUAGCAAAAAGGCUAAAUUUGACCGCAAUGUUGUCAAGGGUGCUCGGGCUGCUCGAAUUCAGCAAAACAAAUGUGAACUUUUAGACCCUGUUGUUGCUGAAGCUACACUGGACUUUCGAAAUCUUAACAAGAGAAAACUUUUAACUAAUUUCCCUACAUUUCUCCCUCAGGCAUGGUUGUUAAUUCUCUACACAGGUUUGGCUUUGCGAGAGAACAUACUUAGAGUGAAUGGAAGUGAUAUUCGCCAUGGUGGAUAAAACAUCACUACUUCGCAAUGGCCAUGGCACUUAUCAGUCUCACUUGGGAGACCCAGAAGCAAAGAGGGGUGCAAUUGUUCCUUCAAUGGGCUAUCAUGCAAGGAGUUGCAAUGCUUCUACAAAAUAGAUAUCAACGGCAAAGGCUUUGUACACAUUGCACUCGGGAAGGCUAGGAGAAUGGAUGUUGUUUGGGGAGAAAUUGCUGGAGUCAACGGUCAACUAUGGUUGUUGGCACCCAUUCUAUUCAUAUUACAGGUGAUUUAAGCUAUACAAAUGCCUGUUUUGGGGACCAUGCCCACAAAAGAUCAUAUUAACGUAUGCUUUGCCAUCCAAGUCAUGUUGAAUCAAACAAACACUAAAGCGAUUUAAAUUAAGGUUGUUAAAUAUUCAUUUUUUUUCUACAUAACUUGCCAAAAGUUAUGUACAUGUGUAAAUAAUUAAAUAUAUAUAACAGCUAGGGAAGGGAAGUUUUUGUUACUAUCAAACAUCAUCACAUUCCUUGAGUGUUUUCUUUCAUUACUUGAUGAAGUUGAAGUCAUAUUAUCAUUCUCUUCUAGUUUGCCAUCCAACAAUCCUAGUUUUAUACAUGUAAUGCAACUUGCUCUUUCAUCACAGCUCUCUCUCUGUUUUGAACUUCUUUGGCUCACAUGUCAUGAUGUCACCAUGAAGUUAUUUGAUUUUUUUUUUUUCGUUUUUUUCUUUGAAGAUAUUAGGAAGAGGUAUGCUCACCAAAAAAGGGAAAGAAUCUGUACAUCAUUGCAUGAUGAUCAUUAAUUACCCAAUUCUUCAGUGAAAAAAAUAAUGAAACACUACAACAAAAAACAUUUUUGGCGACAUUUUUUAGCAUCCAAACUGAAAUUAGUCGCCAAUUUUAUGUAAUCGGCGACAAUUUAAUUGUUGGUCGCCAAAAAUUACACUAUUGGCAAUGAGUUAAGAUUUUUAGUCGCUAAAAGGUUUGGCGCCAAAUUAAUUUUUGGGGCGGGAGCGCCAAAAAUAUUUUCACGACCAUAUUAACAUAUAGCGACGAAAUUUUGGUCGCCGAUUGUAAAGUUUUGGCGAUAGAAAUGAAAUAGUCGCGGAAAAGAUGAACGGUACUUAUGGCGACCGAAGGAUUUUUGUCGCCAAUAAUUGUAAACGAAACUACGUCGUUUUGCAUUUUUCAAUUUUUUUUUAAAGACUUGGACCGACCCUUUUACUGAAUAAACAAAUAAGCUCUAACUCUCCCUCUCCCUUUCACUCUCACUCUUUCUCAAUCCACAGCCUCAAGCGGCGCAAAACAGAGGUAUGUCUCCCUCUCCCUCUCCCUCUCCCUCUCCCUCUCCCCCUCACUCUCACACCGCCUUCUCCUCCUCCUCCUCCUUUUCGUCUUCGUCUCUCUUCCUCUCGCUCUCUCUCUCCACCGAUUGAUUUUCACCGACGGCAUUCACUUCUCUCUCUCUGAUAUUUUGAAGACAGAUAUAUAUAUAUAUAUAUGAGUAUAUGAUAAAUAUAUGAUAGAUUGUUGUCCUAAAAUCUGUGUUCAAGGAUUUAUAUAUAUAUAUAUAUGAUAGAU